UUGUGGAGCCCCCAGGCAGCGGCGACCGGGAUGGAGCUGUCUCCCCGCGGCCGGGCGCCGCCGGACUCGCCGCUGGACAGCGUCUCCCUGGCCUCGCUGGAAUCCAGCGUCUUCUGCAGCGAGGACGAAGGGGAGCCCCUGGCGCUCGGGGACAGCUUCACGGUCAAUGUGGGCGGCAGCCGCUUUGUGCUUUCGCAGCAGGCGCUGUCCUGCUUCCCGCACACGCGCCUGGGCAAGCUGGCCGUGGUGGUGGCUUCGUACAGACGCCCCGGGGCCCUGGCCGCCGCGCCCAGCCCCCUGGAGUUCUGCGAUGAUGCCAAUCCCGUGGACAACGAGUACUUCUUCGACCGCAGCUCUCAAGCGUUCCGCUACGUCCUGCACUACUACCGUACCGGCCGCCUGCACGUGAUGGAGCAACUGUGCGCGCUCUCCUUCCUUCAGGAGAUCCAAUACUGGGGUAUCGACGAGCUCAGCAUCGACUCCUGCUGCAGGGACAGAUACUUCAGAAGAAAAGAGCUGAGUGAAACCUUAGAUUUUAAGAAGGACACAGAAGACCAGGAAAGCCAACCAGAGAGUGAACAAGAUUUCUCGAAAGGACCUUGUCCCACUGUCCGCCAGAAGCUCUGGGACAUCCUGGAGAAGCCUGGGUCUUCCACAGCUGCCCGCAUCUUUGGGGUUAUCUCCAUCAUCUUCGUGGUGGUGUCCAUCGUCAACAUGGCCCUGAUGUCAGCUGAGUUAAGCUGGCUGGACCUGCAGCUGCUGGAAAUCCUGGAGUACUUUUGCAUUAGCUGGUUCACUGGGGAGUUUGUCCUACGCUUCCUGUGCGUGCGGGACAGGUGCUGCUUCCUCAGGAAGGUGCCGAACAUCAUAGACCUGCUUGCCAUCUUGCCCUUCUACAUCACGCUUCUGGUAGAGAGCCUGAGUGGGAGUGAGACCACACAGGAGCUGGAAAACGUGGGGCGCCUCGUCCAGGUUUUGAGGCUGCUCAGGGCUCUGCGCAUGCUAAAGCUGGGCAGGCAUUCCACAGGAUUACGCUCACUUGGGAUGACAAUCACCCAGUGCUAUGAAGAAGUUGGCCUUCUGCUCCUAUUUCUGUCUGUGGGAAUUUCUAUAUUCUCCACUGUGGAAUAUUUUGCUGAGCAAAGCAUUCCUGACACAACCUUCACAAGUGUCCCUUGUGCUUGGUGGUGGGCCACAACAUCCAUGACUACGGUGGGCUACGGGGACAUUAGACCGGACACCACUACCGGCAAAAUCGUGGCCUUCAUGUGUAUAUUAUCGGGAAUCCUUGUUUUGGCUUUGCCUAUUGCUAUUAUUAAUGACCGCUUCUCUGCUUGCUAUUUUACCUUAAAGCUUAAGGAAGCAGCUGUUAGACAGCGUGAAGCUCUGAAGAAGCUCACCAAGAAUAUAGCCACUGACUCAUACAUCAGUGUGAACUUGAGAGAUGUCUAUGCUCGGAGCAUCAUGGAGAUGCUUCGACUAAAAGGCAGAGAAAGAGCAAGCACUAGGAGCAGUGGAGGAGACGAUUUCUGGUUUUGA